AUGGCCACCAAAGAGGACUCGUUAAUGCUCUCCGAUGACGACGAACUCUUCAGCUCACAUUUCAAACCUCAACAUGAGACUGUCGAGACCCUGCCCCUCUACAGACCAAAUCUCGGCGACUAUGAUUCCUCCGACUCUGACACCAUGGCGACUCUCCCCUCAACCCAGUCCAUCCUUAAUAAGAGCAGACCAAACCCAAGUCGACAGACCCAACCCACCCAAGUAAUACCUCGAUCGUCCUCAUUUGACAUUCUCACAUCCCCUCCCAAGAUGUCGGCCAUCCAGGUGGCAGCAUCCUCUCCGGUAGUGGCGCAACAAGCAAUGCAAAAACAACGUGGGCUUCUCGCCAGUGCUAUGGCACCAGCGGGCACCGCUUUCAGAUUACCUGUCACACAGAAACGAGCCCCACCGAUCACGAUUGAUAGUGAUGAUGAGGGUCCAACAUACCGUGCAGCCUCUUCUGAUGAUGAUGGGCCUAGUCCAAGGACAAAUGACAUCAAAACAUCUGAUUUCUCACGCAAAACUCAUCCAGACAAGGUUGCUGAAUCACCGCACGCCCACGGCGAUGGUUCAGAUAGAUUCAAGCAGAUCACUGCCAACUCCAUGUAUCGAGCCCCGUCCAACACAAAACGAUCAGCAGACACCAAUGCCAAUGCUUACGGGAAUGCUACCAAGAAACCACGACAGGCUGGUCCUGCUCGGGCGAUUCCAGUCCCUGUCCAGAAGAAGCAGCCUGAAAUGGAUCUUGAUGAUGUCGACGACUAUAAUACGAGGCAGAAAGUCAAACGCUUGCUGGCAAUGUUUCCAACACUGUCCGUUCGGGAGUGUUACAAUGUCUUACAACACCAGAAAGGAAGUUAUGAUGACGCUGCCCACCAGCUCCUGAAUUUGAGCGAAAGAAGAGAGUCCAGUGGCAAGGUCAACGCAAUUGAUUUGACUUCUGAUGAUGAGUUGAUGCCGACUCCUGCUGCCAAAAUGCGACCGGCGCCAAAUGUGAAGCAGCAGGCGAAGGUGCCACAAAAAACGAUCGCAGAGAAAUGGGGAGGCUCGACCCAAAAUAUCAAAAAGCCCCCGAAAGUCAUCAGUGUAUUUGACACCCCACAACCACAAAAGAAAAGGACUCUAGUCCGUGGCCGAAGACGAUCUUCCUCGCCAUCCGAAGCUGUCCCUGCCAAACCACCACCCAAAGCCGUUCCAAUCGAGACCAUACAUUCCGACGAUUCCGACGAAGCAAACUCGGGCGUGGAUUCAGAUAUCCAAGUUAGCACAACAUUUCAAUCUCGACUUCUUGAGUUCUUCAAUACAUGUUCCGCCGCAGACCUUGUUGAUACUGCGUCGACAACCAGGGAGCUAGCCGAAUUCUUCGUCUCCGAACGGCCUUUCAAAUCCGUUCAAGCGAUCACCAAGCUUCAAGAUCCUUCUCUCAAACCGUCAAAGAGCAGAAAGAAGCCAAUUCCAAUAGGUGAGAGAAUUUUGGAAAAGGUUGAAACGAUGCUUGUAAGUUAUGAAGCUGUGGAUUUUCUCGUCAAGACAUGCCAGGACCUAGCUCGACCUCUCGCUGAUGAGAUGAAGAAAUGGGGUAUUAACAUGCACGGCUCUCAAAGUGGAGAGCUUGAGAUAGUAUCUCUGCAUAAUACUCAAAAGACCCAUGAUUCAGGCAUUGGAACACCAGUCAGUGAUGAAGAUCCCGACAAUAUCAGACAACCAGGGUCGAGAAAAGUCAUUGGUCAACCUUCAUUCAUGUCCCCAGAUAUUCAGAUGAAAGAUUAUCAGAUUGCUGGGAUCAACUGGCUAAAUCUCUUGUACAAAAGAAACUUGAGCUGCAUAUUAGCGGAUGAUAUGGGUCUUGGGAAGACAUGCCAAGUCAUCGCUUUCCUGGCACAUCUUUUCGAGGAAGGCCACACAGGUCCACAUCUAGUUGUUGUACCCGCUGCCACUCUCGAAAAUUGGCUGAAGGAAUUCAAACGUUUCUGUCCAGCUUUACACGUGGAGCCAUACUAUUCCACCAUCCCAGGGGAACGUGCAAUCCUGAGAGAGAACUUAGAAGAUUCCAGGGACGAGGUCAAUGUUAUCGUCACCACAUACACCAUAGCGAAAGCCAAGGAUGACUUUCCAUGGCUGCGAACUUUUGGAUUCGACUGCACCGUAUACGACGAGGGUCAUGUAUUGAAGAACGCAGAUUCCCAAGUGGCCUCCAAACUCAAAAGAAUACAGUCAAACUUUCGACUUCUCCUCACUGGAACACCCCUGCAGAACAAUUUGAAAGAACUCAUCAGUCUUCUGGCUUUUUUGAUGCCAACGGUAUUCAAGGACAAGCAAUCAGAACUGCAAACAAUCUUUACUCACAACGUCAAAGCGAUGGAUAACAACCAUGAAGCUUUACUUUCAGAACAAAGAAUUCUCAGGGCAAGAUCUAUGCUUACUCCGUUCAUAUUGAGACGUAAGAAAUACCAGGUUCUCAAGGACUUGCCAAAGAAAGAGCGCCGAGUGGAGUUGUGUGAUAUGACUGUUGAACAGGCCGAAAUUUAUCAGCAAUGGCUUGAAAAGGCCUAUAGCAUCCGAGAGCGGAGAGAAAGAGGUGAGAAUAUGGGCGUUGAAUCUGCUAAUAUCCUCAUGAGAUUGAGGCAGGCAUCGCUUCACCCAUUCCUCUUCCGCCGCCAGUAUCCAGACAAAAUGCUACCUAAGAUCGCUAGGCAGUGCCUGCGUGUGGAUAUGUGGCGUGAGUCCAACCCAGAACUCAUUGUCACUGAGUUGAAGGCCUAUUCCGAUAUGGAAAUCACCACCUUAUGCAAUUCGCAUAAACAAUUGGAGCAUUUCGCACUCAAUGACAACGAGUGGAUGGCCAGCGGCAAAGUGCAGAAGACCAUCGAAUUACUUCGCAAGUUCAUGUCAGAGGGUCACAGAACCUUGAUCUUUAGCCAGUUCGUCAUGGUUCUUGAUAUUCUGGAGUUAGUACUGGAGCGCGAGGCUAUCGACUAUUUUCGUUUGGAUGGAAACACGAAAGUUUCUGAACGUCAAGAUUUAAUCGACGAAUUUUCGGCUGAUGACAAUACAACCCCAGUCUUUAUGCUUAGCACGAAAGCAGGAGGUGCCGGUAUCAACCUUGCAAAAGCCAACAAAGUCAUCGUGUUCGAUAGCGGCUUCAAUCCUCAGGACGACAUUCAAGCAGAGAACCGAGCACAUCGAAUUGGACAAACUAAAGAAGUCGAGGUUAUCAGAUUGGUCUCGAAAGGAACCGUUGAAGAACAAAUCCAUGCAAUGGGUAUUACGAAACUCAAGCUUGAUGAACAAGUGGCCGGCGAUGGCGCAGAAGAGCAACCGUCAAAGAAUAGUGGUGAAGAAACUGAGAAGGAAGCUGAAGGCCGUGAACUGGUGGAGAACAUGUUCUUUGCGAAGUUGAAAGAGGAGCCUAUUGAGCAGGUCAAGGCAGAAGUUGUCAGCCCUGCCAAAUCAAGGGUUACGAAGUCUGAGAAAGUGGAAGCUGUUGACGUGAAGCAGGAAAGCGACGGUAAUAAUAAGAAACCUCGCCGGGACAGUGUCGAGCUCCCGAGUCGUUCACGCAGGUCAAAGCGAGCUUGA